AUGCUCCAGCUCUCCCGCGCCACCGAGGCCGAUAUCGACGCAUUUAUUGACCCUAUCUAUGCCGCAUUCGAGGGUGUAGACAUUCGCACUAUGUUCUUUGGCCAUGACACACCUGCCAGCCGGGAAAGCACCAAAGCCCGCAUUGCGGGGUGGAUGCGUGAGGGUAAUCAGAACGUUUGGCUCAAGGUCGUCGAGCAGGAGACGGGCCGGAUUGUUAGUGGAAGUUGGUGGAUGAUCUACCCCCACUGGACCCCCAAUCCCGACAUCACCCCCGAGACCGCAGCGGCGGCCGUCAGCCUCGACUUCCUUGAAGGUGACGACCGCACCAUGACCGAAGACCUCAUGCGCGACUGGGUAGCUCGACGCGUGCGACACAUGUACGGACACCCGCACAUCCUCCUCGCCCUCCUCUUCACUGCGCCCGACGCGCAGCGCCUCGGCGCCGGCUCGAUGCAGGUGCAGUGGGGCACGGCGCUGGCCGACCAGCUGCUGGUGCCGUGGUACGUCGAGGCGACGCCGGCGGGCCACCGGCUGUACGCCGCCAACGGCGCCGCCGACGUCGAGAAGGUGCAGACCGAGGCGCGGCCGCGAGACGCGAAGAAGAAGGCGUCGGAUGGCAGGGACGUGUGGGUGUGCGAGUACACGCUGAUGAAGAGGGAGCCGCGGAGGACGGCGGUGGAGAGGGAGGCGAGGGCUGUGGUGAAGAACUGA